AGAAAAUUUGUUUGCAGUGAAGAAAUAUUUUGACGAAAAAUUUUAAAAAAUUGUGUUUAAAAAUAUAUAUUUCUUGUAAAAACAUGGAAUUAGAUCCAGAUAUUGUUAAAGAAUUCGAACAACUAGAAGUUUCGCCGGAGAAACCCUCGGCAGAGGAAUUGCUUAAAUUUAAUGAAAAUGAACCACUCAAGGCCUUGGGUAGUGAUGGCAAAAACCAAAUGCCUUUAAAUAAUCAUCCAACAUUUACAACCAUACCCAAGUUUUUCCACGCUCCUCCUGCAGCCAACGACACGUUAAGGCAAAAUUUACGCAAAGAAGCUCAUUCCCUGUUCCUGCAAAAGCGUUCCCAAGAACUAUUGGACAAUGAGGAGUUGAAUACAUUGUGGUCUAUAUUAGAGAAACAUUGUACGCAAGUGACGCCCUUGGGCCAACAAUUAAUCGGCUACGAUGAUUAUUUGAAAGUAAUGCAGGCCGUAAGUGAAAAAUGUCGCAAAUAUUUAACGGCCCGUUUAUUUGCCAAACUGCAAUGUCACUCGGGUUACCCAGGUAAAGUGGAAAUAGUUUCCAUAUUUAAUUAUACCAUGCGUAAAGUGUGGUUGACUCAGGGCCGCAUAGGUUUAUCCUUUUACGAUGAUGUGGGCCAGGGAUAUUUAAGAGAAAUCGAUAUGGAAAAUUAUAUCAUUGACAUUAUACCAACAUUGGCACAAAUCAGCAGCUGUGUUCAACCCUCCUUUCAAAGUUUUUAUGUUUGUACAGUGGUCAAGAAAUUCUUUUUCUUUUUGGAUCCCCUGCAUACAGGACGCAUAAGAAUAAGAGACAUUUUGGCAUCUGGCCUGUUAACCGAGUUGCUAGAAUUAAGAGAUGAAGACUCCUCAAAAGAAUCUCAAGAACACAAUUGGUUCUCUAUGCCCUCAGUGCUGACGGUUUAUGGCAACUAUCUUAAUCUCGACAAAGACCACAAUGGCAUGUUGAGCAAACAGGAAUUGGCCGACUAUGGUUCGGGCACUCUCACCUCGGUGUUUUUAGAUCGAGUUUUCGAUGAGUGCCGUACAUUUGAUGGCGAGAUGGAUUACAAAACCUUUCUGGAUUUUGUUUUGGCUCUUGAUAAUCGCCAUGAGCCUCAGUCGUUACAUUAUUUAUUUCGCAUUUUAGAUGUUCAACAUAAGGGUUAUUUGACGGCUCAAACUUUGCAUUAUUUUUUCAAAGGCAUACAAGAACAGAUAAGAGCGGUCAAUGCAGAGUCGGUGAAUUUUGAAGAUUUGAAAGAUGAAAUAUUUGAUAUGGUAAAAUCGAAGGAUCCGUAUAAGAUAACGUUACAAGAUUUGAUUAACUGCGGCCAAGCGGAAACGGUAGUCUCCAUAUUAAUUGAAUUUCAUAAAUUCUGGGCUUAUGAAAAUCGUGAAGAAGGUGAAUGUUUGCAGGAAGAAAAGGAAACCCAAUGAAAAUUUUCUAUAUUUUCAUGCGACAUCAAGGGCGGAAUGUACGUGUGUACUCGUAUGUUGGUGAGGUUAAAUACAUGGACUAGUAAAAUUUAUUUUAACAAUUUUAUUUGUUUCUCUUUAUGAUUAAGUUCUUUUUAUUAUUAUUAUAGUAUUUGCAUUUGGUAAACAUUAAAAAUAAAGUUUUUCAUUAAGUGUUUUUAAGUUUUGUUUAAGAUUUAUUUCAUAGUUUUUAACAAUUAACAAUCGGUAACAAUUUUAUUUUAACUAAUAGAAUACAAAAACGAAUAUUUUCUAAUAAAAUAUAAAUAAAAUGUCUUAGCAUCCUGUAAAAACUGUAAACUCAUAAAAAAAUUCAGUUCAAUAUGAAAAAACAAGAUAAAUGGAGUUCACAAUGUAUGGCGAUUGCUGUAGGGCACCUAAAAAUAAGCUGAAACAAGAUUUAACAUUACAAUAAUUAUUUUUUUUUUUUUUCGGAAAUUAAUAGUGCAUUUGAAAAGUUUCGCAUUAGGUCGAAUAGUGAUUUUUUGGCCAAAUAUUAGGUUUGGUACAGUUUCGGUCGGACUCUAAAAUUUAAUUUUAACAGAAAAACUAUUCGAACAAAAUACUGAGCGUAUAUUUUGUAACUCGUUUCGAAUUUGUAUGUAUAAUACAUUGUCUUUCGAAAAUGUUUUCUUGCAGUCGGUGUAAUGUCCAACCAUAACUGUCUGAAGCAACCUUAAGUUUUUUUUUUAAAUGUAUUCAAUUCUAAUUUGCUUUUAUUUAAUACUAGAUUGCCGCCCGUUAGUAAAUAACUUCUCCCGGUAGCUAUUUACUAAUGUUAGUUCUGCAAGUUUCUUCAAAAAAUAUUUCUUAUUAGAAAACAGAAACAGAAGUGAAAAGAAGGUAAUUUAUUACAACUUUUUUAAUAAAUUUUUUUCUUUACAAACCAUCUCCUGAAAAUUUCGAAUCGAAUAAAAAAAAUCAGCCAAAUCGCUCCAGCCGUUCUCAUGUGAUACCAUUACAUACAUGGACCAUUUGAUUUUUAUAUAUAUUGAAGAUAGAUUCGAAUGUUAGCAUAUCGGAGAUUUUUACAUUUAAACCCAGCAAAAAUAUUUUUAAUCACGUCGAAAGUAGAACCAAGUGCAAGUGUUUUCUUUUCAGAAUAGUAAAUAUUAGUACCUUCUUUUUAGU